AUGACUCAAUGUUUGUGGGAACAAUUAACAUUAAUAUUAAAUAGUGUAGAUGACGGAGCUAGAAAGAAUUGUAAGCAAUGGAGAAAGACAUGGCAGGAUAUGAAGAAAAAUGUAAAGUCGAAAAUAACUAAACUUCGAAUCCACUCAAGUGCCACUGGUGGAGGGGGACCGAGUGCAAUUAAAUUUGAUGAAACAGACAGUGAAAUUUUAAGAUUCAUGUCGGAAAGUGUUAUAUAUGGACAAAGUGACAUCGAGGAAUCCAAUGCAACUUUUGAUUUUAAUGAUAUACCAACAAAAAAUAAUUGUGAAGUAGAGGAAUAA